AGCUUCUCAUUCUCUCGACAAUGUCUAAACUAUUAGUUCUUCGUCUCUGUUUCGUUCUCAUUGCUUCUUCUUCUCUGUUUCAUGUCGGAACUUCCAUAACUCACAAAUCUCAAGACGGAUCUGAAGAAUGGGGCUACGUUCAAGUCAGACCCAAAGCCCAUAUGUUUUGGUGGCUUUAUAGAAGCCCUUCCAGAGUGGACGCCGGUUCCAAGCCAUGGCCGACCAUUCUCUGGUUGCAGGGCGGACCGGGUGGCUCAGGAACUGGGUUUGGGAACUUCCUGGAAAUCGGGCCGUUGAACUUAAACUUGAAGCCGAGAAACUCAACAUGGCUUCAAAAAGCACACCUCUUGUUUGUGGACAAUCCUGUCGGGACCGGAUAUAGCUACGUGGAGAGUGGAGGUGAAUUUGUGAAAGGCGAUGUGGAGGCGGCAAUCGACAUGACGACUUUGCUGACUGAGGUUUCGAACGACAUUGUCGGCCUACGGAACGCUACUUUGUACAUCUUUGCAGAGUCUUACGGCGGUAAAUUCGCCGUCACUCUAGCUUUGUCCCUCCUUCAGGCCAUUCAAGCAGGCAAUUUGACCCUUAAUCUCCGAGGAGUUGCCCUAGGAAACAGUUCAGGGAGUUAUCUUUUAAAUUUAAGCAAGGAGAGAACUGUUUUAUUAUGUGGAAAUGAGAAGCACACCAAAGGCUUCACUAAGUCCCAUGAGAACUUGCACUUCUAUUGGAUCCUUGAUGCAGGCCAUUUUGUUCCUGUGGAUCAACCUUGUGUGACAUUAAAUAUGGUGGAUGCAAUCACAGAGUCUCCAGCUUCUUGAUGCAGUU